ACAAACUUCAUUCCAAAAUAAGUUUUUAAACAGUGUGUCGUUAGCAGCGCUGUCUGUCUAUAGCUUGUCAAAGUUUUCAGUCGUUUUUCGUCGUUCAAUUGUUUUUAAAUGUGGAAACCUAUAAUUUUGGACGUCGAGUGUAUCGUUUGCAACAAAUCGUUGCAAAAGAUCAACCACGUUCCUCGGGACGCAUCGCAAAAAAUGGGCAAGAUAGCUAAGUUAAAUAAUAACGGUCGACUAAGAACCCCUAACUGGUCGCUUGAAGAAAAACAAUACCUACUCGAGUUAAUUAAGCAACGCAAGGAAGUGGUCGUAACAAAAGCCAACAAUGGUCCAAACCACUACGAAGAAAAAGACAUCGCUUGGAAUGAAAUACUACGAGAGUUAGCUGCAAAGUUUGGCUGUAAGUUUACUGGUAGUUCUAUAAAAAAAGUAAAGACUCAGUGGCAGAAUAUGAAGAGAAUAGCUCGCGAAGACAUAGCAUUAAAUGGUCCUCAACUGCAGAAUUACUCUCGAUUGUCACUGGAGGUUUGCAAUAUCUUAGAAUUACUGAAAGAUGGUGUUUUCAAAGGAGAAAAUGAAAAUUUGAAUGAGUCUUCUUCAUCAAUUACUGCUAACAUUGAGAUAAAAACAGAAUGUGUUGAUGAGGAUCUUAAUCAACCAAGUUGCAGUGGCUUGAACACUACUUCAGUCUCUAUGGAGACUGAUAUGCCUCUGGAUAAAACCAAUAGUACCCAGUUGGAGUCUUCUGCAUCAUCAGUUUCUGAACAAAUAUCAGAAUCAAAUGAUUUUGAUGGUCUGGAAGAAAAUGCUGCAAACAAAAGUGUCACAAGAACCGUCUCAACAACAACUAUGACUGAAAUACCUUUUAAUCCAAUAGAAGAAGCUUUAAAGCUGACUAAUCCAUUUCAUAGGGAGCUACAGGAAUAUUUUCAGUACACAACAGCAGAAAAGCAGAUGAAGAUGGAAACAUUAAAAGAAGAGCGUCAGGUAGUAAGAGCUAUGAGAGAGACUGCUGAACUGAAUAAAAUUAUUGCAGAACAAAAACUGAAACAUGUUUUAUGGGCGAAAAAGCAAGAUAUGACGUAA